AAACAGCUGUUCGUUUGUUUAUGAAUCAAAAAGUUAUUUGGCAGUAAAUUUUUCAUUCUGAACUUUUUGUAUUUGGAAAUUUUUCGUAUUUAAUAAAUAUUUGUUGUUUUGUUUUUAAAUUGGUAGUUUUCUGAACAAAAUAUGCUUUAAAAAUGGAUUUCUCUUUGGACGCGAACACAGAUGAGGAUUUUUUUGGAUCGCUUAAACGACAAAACACAAAUUUGGACAAUCUUUUUGGACUCGAAACACAGCACAAUCUAGGCAAUGAUGAUCAAGACACACUCAAGUACCAACCCGUUAAACAGACUCCAACUAAUUUAAUUGAGAAAAAGCCCACCUCAAGUCCUAGCACAACGGUGCAAGCUUGGCAAACUAUUUUAGCAAAAGUAGCACAAGCUUAUAAGGAGGGCGUUGCUAUGGGCAAAGUAGGUGUGGCAUUAUUGAAAAGUGUUGAAAAUGAGUAUAGAAUUAUCAUCUAUAAGGCCAAGUUGAAUGUGCUUACCACAUGUUCAUUGCGUACUGAAACGGUACAAAUUCAUCGCCACAAUAACUAUUUACAAUUCUAUGAUGAUGAUUUAUGUUGUUGGAGUGUUUAUUUUGACGCCAGUGCUAACACCGAAGAAUUUGUAGCGAAAUUGAUUGAAGUGAAUAUAAAAAUUGGGGAAGAUGUUAAUAAAGAACGCAAAGAAUUUAUACCAGAAACAGAACCAGCGCAACUUACUACAGAAGAUGUGCUCUCAAAUAACCAACUAUUUUUAAAAAGCUUAGAAAAACCACCAAUUGCGCCUGCUAAGCCUACAAAGACAACACUAAUAACACGUAUGGCCAAAAUGGGACAGCAGUUACCGAAAAUGGAACUACCGGCACAUGUGCAAAGCAGUGGCGAAGUCACCGACUCGUCAGAUACUGAGACUAUAAGCACACCAAUGACGACGCCACGUCACAUACAGAACUCAACACCGCGUAGCAGUAAUAGAGCACUGGCUACGACACAGGCCAUACCAAUUAGCCAAAUAAAUCACUAUCCACUCCACUCCAAUUUAAACUCCGGCUUCGAGUCUCAGUUCAUGCAAAUGAUGAUGACCGAAAAUCGUACACAAAGCUCGGAGCUACGUAUGAAUAUCAACAGAUUGGAGGGUAAAGUUGAAAAGGUGCUUGACAAAAUCGAUUUAUUACACACUAGCUCCAGUCACAAACUGAAUAAAGAGGACGAGAUUUUGUUGCUGGAAGAAAAGGUGUUAGAGCUUAAGAAGGAGAACAGAAAACUGCGACAAACAAUUGAAGAGAGAAGCGAAAUUGCGCCACAUACAACAUGUCAACAAAUUAUGCGUAUGUACAGCACCGAACUGGCGGAAGUCAAACUGGCCAAUGUCGAUAGCCUCGAAAAGCUUGUAGGUGAUCUACUGAAACAACGUACUGCGCUGCACGAAAAAUUAGAAGAGUGGGAUAAAGAACUUACCGAAAAAAGUUUACAAUUAAAAACGCAUCAAAUACGCUUAAAUGAUGAUCAAGAUAUGUUAGCAAACACCAUUGCAAGUAAACAUCAGCUCGAAGAGGAGCUGAAAACCAUGCAACAACGUUUGGAGGAAAGUGAAAAUAACGAAAGCGAGUUGCGACAACAACUGGCCCUAAGCAACAAGGAAAUUCUUGCACAAAGGCAAUUAAGCGAGGAGUGUAAACAAAGAGAAGCACAAGUAAACAACUCACUACUGGAAUUGCAAACACAAAAUGCAACUGUGCAAAAGAAGUUAGAGGAGAUGGAAAAAAUGGACUUGGAAAAUCAACGCCACAAUGCAGCAACGGCUUUGCGCCAUGACAGCGAACUAACCGUUGAACAGCAAAUCGAAACAGUAUUAAAAAAGACAAUGAACAAUUUAUAUGCAAGCUUAGCGGCAAAACUCGAAACUAUUGUGCCAAUGCAAAAGCAUGCGGUUAUAGCAAUAGUUGGCAAAACUAUACGCGAGGAAACGCUCCGGGCAAUGGAUGAGUUAGAAGAAUAGCUUAUCAUUUGAGAGUGUCACUAUGUUAAUGUGUCGUUGGCAAAUGUUCAAACAGUGCAAAUUUUUAAAUGCACUUUAAAUUAACGUUAUUACGUAUUAAUAAAGUAUGAACUUAUGUUAUGGGA